CUCCCUCUACCCCUCCACCCCACCACAAACCAUUGCAACUUACACCUCUACACCUCGAUCCCACAACAAUGGGCUGGUUCUGGGGAUCCUCCUCCUCCAAGGACGCCGACGGCUCAUCCGACCCACUCAGCCAUCUAGACCCGGCCUUGCGGGACUUCCUCUUAAAAGAAUCCCCACUAAAGCCCCCCUCGCCCCCCCCACCACCACCACCCUCGAGCAAACCCACCCCCACAACCCCAGAAACCACGGAAACCCCCACAAGAGACCCCCGGACCAUCAAUUCCUCCUACGGCGAUCGCUACGCCGACAUCUGGGCCCAAUACACCCCGCAAGGCCUCACGCAAGCGUCGAAAUCCUCACAGGAACAACUUGCCGAUAUCCUGCAGGCGUACAAGUACCGCAAGAGCCUGAUCGCGCGCGCCGCGCUCGAGAACUGCGUGGGCGAGCAGAGCGCACUGCACGAAUGCUAUCGCCACGGCAGCUUCGCGCAGAAGGCGCGUGGGUGUGGUGGUGAGAAGGGGCGGUUGCAGGACUGUUAUACUACGCAAACGAAGUUCUUGCAGGCCAUGGGGUACAUGUCAGAUUUCGCGAGGUCUGCUGAGGUGGAUGAGAGGAUUCAGAUGCAUGCGGAUAAGUUGUACCAGGAACAAGUUCGCCAGGAUGAGCUAGCCGAAGAGGAGAAGAGGGCUGAGAGGGCCGCUAGGGAGAGGAGGAAGUCGUAACAUGUGCUCUUCUUGGGAUUGCGGUUGUAAGACAGGGCUGCUAGUAUCAUCAUAUUCAGAUUCUCGAACAGGGAAAA